AUGGCUAUAACACCUUUGGACCGCACAAUAAAUAAUCAGUCUCCUACAUUCUUGUUUCUAUUUAGUGCCAUUGUGGUGGCUGCUGCAACACUAACUCUCACAGGCAACCCCUUGGGUAAAGGUGAAAAUGAUGACAGUGACAAGAAAGAUUCUUCAAAACGAAUUUCGAGAUCAAAGAAGCGCCGGAUGGAUAAGAUCAAGGAGCUCAAGGCUGUGGGUCAAGCUGCUGAUGAAAAAAUGGCCCAAGAGAAACACAAGAAGCAAUCAAUUCCGUCGCCACCGUCGUCACCGUCGCCACCUAAGAGAAAGCAGCAAGAAAAUAGUGAAGUUCCCGGGUCUUACCCUGGAGAAAGAAGUUUUUACAAUAAAAAUGAGAACCAAAGUGAUAGUGAAGGCGAAGAUCAAAGCGGGUCUUUGAAGUAUGCUGGACAGGUAUAG